GUGUCGCAGUCUUUAGCUUCCCCCUCCCCCCUCCAUCCCCGUGUUGGCGCUGCGGGCCGGAGCCGCAGUGCAGCAAGGCCGGCGUCCGGGUAACCCAGGCAACCGCGCCGCUCGUCUGCGAGAGCAGCUCGAUGCGCAAACAGGGCCGUGGUUAUCAUUAUUAUUAUGAACAGGGGUUGGUCAGUAAUUCUAUUUAUAAAAAGUCUAUCUCUCGGCACCGAGCUGUAGAAAGUUCCCAAAGUACACUGGCCAGCCAGCCAGCCAGCCAAUACUUUUAAGGAGAAAACAGGAAGAAUCAAUAAUGAUGCACGUUGCCUGAUGGUGUUAUUUUGGCAAAUAGUGAACAAAUAUCCAUCACUAAAUUCACAAUGUCCAAAGUGAAAUUGGGUGCAACAAGAUCAACUGGUAGCCUGAAACACAAAAAUACGCACGGAGAACCUAAUAUAUCAAUCAAGGAGCCUCUGGAUUUUACAGGAAUAUCAGGCGUAAGCAUGCCCAUUCCAGAAACAAAAUCAGUGACCACCCAUUUAGAUGCCACAAAAGUACAUAAAGGGCAAUUAAAGAGAAUUCCAUAUGGAAGUGAAACACAUGAACAUUCUGCCAAAGAUGCUACAAGUAAAUCAUGUAUGUAUUGGCAGGCUCCCAUGUAUGAUCAAAAACAAUUGACGGAAAGAAUCAGUAUGCUGGAAAAAGAAAAUGCACAGCUAAAAACUCAACUAAAAGAAAAAGAAGUAACCAUAAACAGUGUCAAUAAACUAAUGCAACAGAAGGAUUCUGAAUAUAGUCAGUUAAUUAAAAAGGAACAACAAUCCCAUGAACAGACAGAAGAAAGAUUAAAACAAGCUGAAUCAUUGGCAGCUGAAAAGUUGCAGAUUCUUUAUGAGUCUAGAAAGGAAUUUGGAGAAAAAACUGAACAUCUCAAUAAGUUGCAUGAAGAAAAAUUAGCUACAGUGAUAAAAGAAAAUGCAUCAGAAAUCACAUGCAGAGACGAGAAGAUCAGGAAAUUGAAGCAACAAGUUUCGGAAGUUCUACAAGGAAAAUCUUGGGAACGUCAGCAACAAUUGCAUGAACUAAAAAAGGAAGUAAUACGGUUAACAGAGGAAGCAAGUGCACUUCAGAAAAAACUUAAGUUGCACCAAUCAUUCAAGAAGGAUUGUAAAAACUGCGGGUGAUUGACAUUGAAACUUGGAGACAACCUUACCAGUAAGAUUCAAAGAAAAAUAUGAUGAACUACACAAAAUCUUCCAAAGCUUUGAAGAGCAGUUUGCAGCAAGUACAUUGGAACAAAAAUGAGUAAAUUGUCUUAUGUUGCCACUGUAAUUUCAAACCAAAGUGAAUGUCCACUCCACUAAAUUAUAUUGAUCUUACUUUGCUGUUGAGGGCACUUAAUUUAUCUCGUAAUAAAACGAAACAACUUGUUUUUAUCUACAGAACUGUAACAUGUUCUGAGGCACUUAAAAUAUAUAUAGAGCAAAUUGUGACACUAAGGCACAACAAGAACAAGUAGAAGACCCAAGGCUAGGCCAUAAAAGGUAGGGUAAAAGGCUAGAGGUAUGCAUAAGAUGGAAGACAAGUAAGGGAACAAUGCCCCGACCCCAACAUAAUCCACAUUAAGUAUGCACAUGUACUGGUAUACAUUUAAUUUGCCCCUCAAAGUAGUUACAUUUAAAUUCUUGAAGGACCAUCUUAAAAUUAAGUGGUGGAGUAGCCCAGAACUGAGGCCUUGGCAGCUGAAGCCACAGACUCGUGUGAUGGAAGAUAGACAGAAAAUGCUGGAGUAACUUAGGACAGGCAGCA